CCGCCACCACAGGCGAGACGGCAUCCGAUUGGCUGGCGGCGGCCGUGACGGCGUCGGGGGGCGGGGCCGGGCGAGGCGCUUUUGUUCGGGCGGCGGCAGCGCUGGCGGGGCCAUGUCGUACGUACCGGGGCAGCCGGUGACCGCCGUGGUGCAAAGAAUUGAAAUACAUAAGCUUCGUCAAGGUGACAAUUUGAUUCUGGGAUUCAGCAUUGGAGGUGGCAUCGACCAGGACCCUACUCAGAAUCCUUUCUCUGAAGACAAGACUGACAAGGGUAUCUAUGUAACAAGGGUGACAGAAGGAGGCCCAGCAGAAGUUGCAGGACUUCAGAUUGGAGAUAAGAUCAUGCAGGUGAACGGCUGGGAUAUGACAAUGGUGACCCAUGACCAAGCUAGGAAGAGGCUGACAAAAAGGAACGAAGAAGUGGUACGGCUGCUGGUGACCAGGCAAUCUCUGCAGAAGGCUGUGCAACAAUCCAUGAUGUCCUAAUCAGUCGUCCAGUUGGGGAAGGGUUGGGGAGGGAGAUAGAUUGAUAUCAUGCAGGGAAGCAAAUGCUAGGCCUGAACAGGUUGUCUGGAAAGAGUGCACAUUCCUAACUGUGGUAAACACUAUAUUUUUUGGUUUUUUCCUUUCUCUGGUUUAACUGGCAGUAGUAAAACUAGUAUCCCCCAGCAAGAGUGCUUCUCUGAAGUCUUCCCUGCAGGUCCAUGGUAAGACUUUUUUGUAGUUGUGGCUUUCAGGACAGGACAAAUCCUAGUUAUCUGGAGAAGCCUUAACUUUGACAGGAUUCUUUUGUAGCACAAAAGCUUCCUAUUUUAAGAAGAAAUAUGGUUUCUACUCGCUUUUAGAAGUGAGCUGUCCUGUCCUGCCAUGCUAUCAGAGUGGCAGCGGUAAGAGUUGCACGGUGCUGAGGGGAGGAGCACUGUACUAAUCCCACUCGGUGUGCUAGCUAGACACAGUGUGCUGAAGGGUUUGGGGCACCACGGUUUGCUGCAAAGGCUCCCUGUACAACGCAGCCUCUUCAGACAAGAAACAACUGAGUGACACAGAAGUGUUCGAUGAAUGCCUGUGAAGUACGCUAAAAGUUCAUAAACAUUACCAUUCAACUUUGCUGUCAGGUAAAAUCUUAAUUCUUCUUGUUCCCAAUGAUUUUUUUAACAUCAAAUUAAUCUGGUUUAAAUGAAAGGAAUAUGGAGCAGGUAAAGAAAAUACUGUUGCUGAAUUUACCAAAAUUGCUGCUUGUAGCUGUAGCCUUCAGUUCUUCAUUCCACUUCUGUUGGACUGGAAAUGGAAGGGGUGGAUUUUGAUGUGUCUUCUAGAAGACUUUCCUUAAAUCACUGAUUUAUUGGACAGAAGAGAUGAAUAUGCCUGUAAUUUCCAAAAGUGCCUCUUGACCAAAUUUAAACUUCUGGUAAUAUACUAAGUUUAAAUCAACGUGCCACAGGAUUCAAGAUUCUUGCUGCAACACUAGGUUAAUUACCUAGCAUCCUCGUGGUUUGUUAACCAGCUAGCUUUAUAAUUAUCCAAAAAACUGGAGUUUUUAAUCCCCUUCAGUUGAUUUAUACAUAUCUGUACUUUCCUUAAGCAGUCUUCAGGUAAGCUGUUGUAAAUAGAACAUGAGGAGGUGGCAAACUAACUUAUUCAGUACCUUACUGCAGUGCCAUGUACCUAUAUUGUGAUUAAUGCAUCUCAGACUGUUCUGUACGCACCAGCAGAUGCCUAUUUACCAUAUCUAUGGAAUUACUCCAAUAGUGCUUUUGCAUUUUGUAACUUAAGAAUUCAGUGGUAAAUUUUAAGGCUUUCAAGCUGAAGGUAUUUUUGUUACUAUGGAGGUACACUGCUAUUUGUACUGCUAUUCCACUUGAUUUUACACACAAUAAAACAAAGUUGGAUUUCCUGA